AAAUCUAACAAAUAAAUAAAAAAGAUCACCAACGAUCACUUCAUUGGAUAUUACUUAUACUAAGCAAUACAACAAAAAUACAAAUCAAAAAUGGAUUACAAACACGAUCUGAAUUCGGAUGAUGAUUUCGAUUGCUCAAAUGGUUAUAGCGACAGCUAUAAUAACAAUGGACGUAUGGCCAAUCCAAAUGGUUUGUCCAAGGCGGAAUUAAGAAAGACCAAUAAACCAAUUAUGGAAAAACGUCGUCGGGCGCGCAUUAAUCAUUGUCUCAAUGAGCUAAAAUCUCUGAUAUUGGAGGCCAUGAAAAAAGACCCGGCACGCCAUACCAAACUGGAAAAGGCCGACAUACUCGAGAUGACAGUGAAGCAUUUGCAAUCGGUUCAGCGCCAACAAUUGAACAUGGCCAUACAAACGGAUCCAAGUGUGGUGCAGAAAUUCAAAACGGGCUUUGUCGAAUGCGCCGAAGAGGUUAAUCGCUAUGUUAGCCAACUGGAUGGCAUUGAUGUCGGUGUACGUCAACGCUUGAGUGCCCAUCUGAAUAAUUGUGCCAAUAGCCUGGAACAGAUCGGUUCCAUGAGUAACUUCAAUAACGGUUAUCGUGGUCAGAUGGCCAACAACAGUUUGUUUGCCACAGCAGCAGCAGCAGCACCUACUCCACUCUUUCCAUCGCUGCCGCAGGAUUUGAAUAACAAUAGCACAAGGACGGAUGCUGCUCCAGCUAUACAAAUGGGUGGAUUACAAUUGAUACCCUCACGCUUGCCAUCGGGAGAGUUUGCUCUGAUUAUGCCCAAUACAACAACAAAUGCAGCAACAACAACCGCAGCAGCAGCAGCACCUUGUCCAGUGCCACCUGUAGGAGCCUUUGCCUGGCCCACCUCUGGUCCAGUGAUUGCCAAUCCCACACAUCUUAGCGACUAUGCUCAAAGUUUUCGUUUGAGUGCAUUCAGUAAGCCCUCAAUUACCACCACCACCACCAACAGCAGCAACAGCAACAACAACAGCAAUGCCAGCACCACAAUUCCAGCUCAUCAGAUGCAGCAUGGCAAGAGCCAGACCACGAGUCCACCAUUGAGUCCCAUUUCCUCGAUCUCUAGUCAUGGUGAGGAAUCGCGUGCGGCAUCACCCACAGCCGAGCAAUUGCUAAUGACCAAGCAUAGUUUUGCCGGUGUCUUCUCCACACCACCGCCCACAAGUGCAGAGACUUCCUUCAAUACCAGCGGUUCACUCAAUCUCUCUGGCGGUAGUCACGAUUCAAGCGCUUCCUCACGUUCGCUGAUCCACUUGCAGCAACAGCAAGUGUCCUCAACCAGCGGACCAGCAGGAGCAGCAGCGGCGGCGCUUAAACGGGAACGGGAACAAGAUCCCGUAACCGAACAGGAGAAGGAGUCGGGUGAUUCUAGUGAUUGUUCGUUGGACGAACCAUCAUCUAAGAAAUUCCUGGCGGCGGCCAUCGAAAAAUCCAGCCAAUCUGCAUGGCGACCUUGGUAGUGAAAAUCUUAUGACAAAUAUUGAUGAUAAUGCAAAAGUUUUAAAUGUUAAGUUUAUU